GAAUAUGUUGGUACUGUACUUAGAAGUUCUUUGCUGUCAGAUCUCAACUCUUCAGAGUUUCCGUUGAUCAAAAUUGUCAUGUCGAUCCUAUCGUGUAGCACUUAACACUGAUUCCUCCUUACUAGAGUAGCCGUCGAGUCUACUUUGUUGUAGUUCGAGACAACUUUACGUUAGCUUCUUGAAGUUUGCCCUAGCCGUGGCAGAAUGAGUUUGAACGAGCACUCCCUCCAGGCUCUGUCAUGGAGAAAACUUUACUUGAGUCGGGCGAAGUUGAAGGCAAGUAGCAGAACUUCAGCCCUGCUUUCAGGUUUCGCUAUGGUGGCCAUGGUAGAGGUGCAGCUGGAACCGGACCACACGUAUCCCCCGGGGCUGCUGAUCGCCUUCAGCGCCUGCACCACCGUGCUGGUGGCGGUGCAUCUGUUCGCCCUGAUGGUCAGCACCUGCAUCCUGCCCAACCUGGAGGCCGUCAGCAACGUGCACAACCUCAACUCGGUCAAGGAGUCGCCGCACGAACGCAUGCACCGCCACAUCGAGCUGGCCUGGGCCUUCUCCACCGUCAUCGGCACGCUGCUCUUCCUGGCCGAGGUGGUGCUGCUCUGCUGGGUCAAGUUCCUGCCGCUGCGCAGCCCCGUCCAGAAGACGGAGGACCGCGGCGAGUCGGCCACGGAGGCGCCGGGCAUCAGUCCGGGCCAGGCGGCCGCCAUCACCUCCACCACCAUCAUGGUGCCGUUCGGCCUGGUGUUCAUCGUGUUCGCCGUGCAUUUCUACCGCUCGCUGGUCAGCCACAAGACAGACCGGCAGUUCCAGGAGCUGGAGGAGCUGUCAAACAUCACACGCCUCCAGAACCAGUUGGACCACAGGGGAGAGACGGUCAGCCUGCAGCCCUCAGCAGCCGGCGCUGCCCACUUCCCUUAGAGGACCAGCCCCCCACUGCACCCCUUAUUCUACACACAUACACACACUCUCUCUCUCACACACGUACACUCUCUCUCUCACACACACGUACACUGACGUAUAGGCACAUGUGUACACACACACACACACACACACACACAUGCAUGCAUGCACACACACGCACACACACACACACACACAGAGUAAAAUCCUCGCAACUACACCCCGCCUGUAACCCUUAUCCUCUUGAACAACAACUUUUUUUUUAACAACCACUACAUGGAAUUGCACACAACUGCCAAAAAUAAUCAUAGGUUAAUUUGAUUUGAACAGUGUGUUGUUUGGUCUGAAUUAUUUAAGUAGUCACUGAAUCUACCUAGAAGUCUAAUUAGUCUAAUCCCAGCCCAUCACUUUGAUAUUUCAAGAGCAGCUAUUUUCCAAAUAUUUUUUUUUUGUUAAAGUGCCUCUUUAACAAACCGUUUAUGUUUAUAUAAGUUUUGGAUUUUCUGAAUGCUGUAAUCUGCAGCACUGUACAGUGUAUGAUAAUGACAAUGCAUUGUUUCAGCCUUGUUCAGAGACAGGCACACAUUUUUGCACAGACACACACAUACACACACACACACAUUUAUGCACAGGCCUUUGAGGACUGCAGUGAUUUUUACAGCUGUAUUAGAAUUUUAGAUUCCCCCUUUUAGAGUCUCUCCGCAGAAGAACUCCCUGGCCCAACAUGCCCAGCUGUAGCUACACAUUAACACAUGUAGCCAUUUGCCUCCAUCUUCGUGGAUAUUUCUUCAUAAUUUGCCCAGUUGCGAUAGGCGUCCUGUAGUUUCCACUGUACAGACUCUUCAGCCCAGAUGGAGAUGAGACUCUUGGUACCUCAUCCACGUGAGUCCAUUUCCCCAGAUUUUUUUAUCUUGUACUCUAGCUUUCAAGUUUACUAUUAAGCAGACCGUGUACUUCUGUUGUUGUCUUGUUGCUGCCAUUUAUAUCGACACUUUGCUUCACCAAAGAGUACAAAUUCAAACUUCUGCUUACGCAGACAAUGUUAGAUGAGUUAGAUGAGGCGGUCCUUCAAUGUGGCCCAGGAUGCAUUCCUAUACACAUUACAAUUGCUAUUCAGCCAAAUGCGCUUCGAACCACCGGCAAAUGUGUUUGCUUUUGCGAUCAGAUCGCUGCUCAGAUGCGAGUGCAUAAUGUACCUGGCAUUAGAGAUCUGAAAAGGAUAAGAUCCGAUCACGAUACUAGGUGUGAAUGGGAUUGUAUGGUCAUGCUACCCACUUGCCUAAUGCAGGCUUCUGCCUGUGGUCUGUGAAAGGUAUGAGUAAUAUUGUAUCUUCAAGGACCAUAGCCUUGAGUGUACAAUGAUGGCAGUUGUCUCUCCACCUCGGCUUAGUAAAGGUUACAAUGGGUACUGCCUGGUUCUUUGUUCUCUUCAUAAAGUACCUCCCACACUGGUUUAAAAAGAAAGAAAAAAAGACUUUUCGAGGAAUGUAAAGAAAACCAAUGAAGACAUAUAUUAUACAUAUAUAUUUAUUAUUAUUAUCCUUUUGUGAUGCUUUUGUUUGUUUGCAUGUUCAUUAUGUGAAUCAUUUUAUUUGUAUGACGAUGUUACCUGUAUCUUAAAUGUAUGUGCUGCCCUUCUGCAUUCAUGUGAAGAAAAGAUCACGGGAAUAAUGUGAAGUGUUUACAGGGAAAUGAAGCACUUGACGAAAGCUGCCUGGUUGUGCAUGAUGGUUUAAGGCCUCUUUGUGUUCCCCCUCGUACCUUUAACAGCCUCGCUGUUUAUCCAAACCACUGUUCUAGGAACCAGAAAUUCAGUUCCUUGGUCGUUCAUCAACAUUUCCACUUGCAAGUGGAAGUGAUGGCCAAGACCAGUUCUGUACAGUAUCAAAGUGCCACAGUUUUGGUGUGUUUACACUAUCGAGCUAUGUUUAUCUUGUAAAUCUAACAUUUAAGCCCAUGAGCAGGAAAUUUAAGUUUUGUAACUUUUAACUCUUUAUGAAGCAUACACUUUGUACCAACAUAAUCUGAAUAUUUGCCUUACAUGAGGAUAACAGAUACAUGCAGCAUCUCUAAUGUAAACCCAUAACCAGAGUGCCCACAGUGUCCUACAACACUGGUUUACUUACAGUACAACUCACAGAGAUUAGACAACAGCCACACUGUAUUCCUUUUUUGCUGUCCACCACUGGCUGACAUGAAUAGGUCAUAUCUUUCUUUUGAAAUUAUAUAAUGAUGUCUUGAUCCACAUGACUACACAUUUCUGGGUGUGGUAAACAGAGGCACAUGCACAUUUUGUCGCGUGCAGCAAAUAGAUUCAGUUGUUACAGAUGCCAUGCUUGAUAUUAGUGGUCUAUGUUGGGCAAAUACAAUUGCAUGUGAUAACAUUUUGUAAUCUGCGGUCAUGAUCAGAAAUAAUCAGAAACAGGUGGUCAGGUUUUUUUUUGUCCCAUUGUUUUACAUGUUUAAAUUGUGCCUUCUGGUGACCCAUUAUGAACUGAGACCUUACAAUGGCAGCAUGCUACACUGUGACACACACACACACACACACACUCUAUCUAUCUAUCUAUCUAUCUAUCUAUCUCUCACACACUCUUUCUUUCGCUCUCUGUAUGAAAAAGGCUGUAUUGUGUAACUGUUACUUUUUGUUGAAUUUAUGGUAAUGGGUCAAUCAAUGACAACAUUGAACUGUCUUUUACUUUUGCAAUUGAAGCCACUCAGUUCUCGUUUGUGAAAUGUUUUUGAGCCAAUUGAGAAUAGGUCAGAGCAUCAUUCUAAACAGUUGAUUUUUUAAAGCCUGUAUGGUUGCCUCAUUUACACCAAUAUGGUACUCAGCCACACUGUUAAAUUUCAAUUGCAAUAGAAUUGCAUUUUAUUUUGAGGUGUGUCACAGAAAAACAUACACACACUCAUAAAAAACGAGUUACAUUUAUGUUGGAUAUCGGAUGGAAAUAUAAUGUUACAAUGUUUAAUUGUAUCGUUUAAAAUAUAUCUGGCGGCUGCACAUGUCUGUUUGCACUAUGAUGUGAAACAGUCUCUGUCAGGAUUUCCUUAGCUUUUUGCAUUUUAUUCAUAUGCUGCUUUGCAUCUGUUCUCCAGUUACAGCAUGAUGACUGAGACAUUUGAAGUUUUCUUAUUGACAUUUUCCUACUGUGAAUUGAUGGAUCACAGAAUAAAGAUUUAUAUUUAAGUUGA